GCCCUCGAUGGUUUGACACCUCUAAUCUUGACAAUUUUUUUCGCAAAAAACUUUAAAUCAACUUUAAACCGACUUAAAUCAACAAAUAAACCAUAAAUUGCGAUUAUUGUUAGCGGAAAAGAGAAAGCAUGGGCAGCAACGACAGAGCCUCCAGAUCCCCACGUUCGGAUGAUCAGCGUGAAAUUACGGAGAUGCCAGCCACAAAGCGAACGCGCUCCGACUCGGGAAAGUCCACGGAUUCGAAAAUUCCCUACCUUUCGCAGCCUCUGUAUGACCUGAAGCAGACGGGCGAUGUGAAGUUUGGGCCCGGAACACGCUCCGCCCUGUUGGGUCUACUGGGUGGGGCACUGCCAAAGCUCACCUCGGAGCAGCAUGAUCUUGUCAGCAAGGCCAAGAAAUAUGCCAUGGAGCAGAGCAUCAAGAUGGUGCUCAUGAAGCAGACACUGGCCCAUCAGCAGCAACAACUGGCCACGCAACGCACCCAGGUCCAAAGGCAACAGGCAUUGGCAUUGAUGUGCAGAGUAUACGUCGGCAGCAUAUCCUUUGAGCUCAAGGAGGACACCAUUCGUGUGGCUUUCACACCCUUCGGCCCCAUCAAGUCCAUCAACAUGUCCUGGGAUCCCAUCACACAGAAGCACAAAGGAUUCGCAUUCGUGGAGUACGAAAUACCCGAGGGAGCACAGCUGGCCCUCGAGCAAAUGAAUGGCGCUCUGAUGGGUGGCCGCAACAUCAAGGUAGGGCGACCUAGCAACAUGCCACAGGCCCAACAGGUCAUCGAUGAGGUGCAGGAGGAGGCAAAGAGCUUUAAUCGCAUCUACGUGGCCUCCAUCCAUCCGGAUCUGUCCGAGGAGGAUAUCAAGAGUGUCUUCGAGGCCUUUGGACCCAUCCUCUACUGCAAGCUGGCGCAGGGCACGUCACUGCACACGCACAAGGGCUACGGAUUCAUCGAGUAUGCCAACAAACAGGCCAUGGACGAGGCCAUUGCCAGCAUGAAUCUGUUCGAUUUGGGCGGACAGUUGCUCCGAGUGGGUCGCUCAAUCACACCGCCAAAUGCCCUGGCCUGUCCCACAACAAAUUCGACCAUGCCCACGGCUGCGGCGGUGGCGGCAGCCGCUGCAACGGCCAAGAUUCAGGCCCUCGAUGCGGUGGCCAGCAAUGCUGUGCUGGGUCUCUCGCAGCACCCAACAAAUCUCGGCAUGGCUGCCGGUGCCGUCGUCACGAAGGUGGGCAACAUGCCCCUGGUGAAUGCUGCCACUUCAGCGGCUGCCCUCAAUCCGGGCCUGGCCAUGCCAGCAGCUCCCGUGGCUGCUCUGCUUCCUCCUGGCAUCUUCCAGCCUCCGACCCCAGUUACGCCCAGUCUCCUGGGCGUGCCCACAGGACUCCAGCCUCUGCAGGCCGUGGUGCCAUCACUGCCGCCGCCUGCCUUGCUGGCCACGCCCACACUGCCUCUGCCCGGAACCGGACUAGGUGUGGGAGUUGGCGUGGGUGUGCUGCCCACUGUGGCCGCCCCCUUGGCCAGCGUCGAGGCCACCAACGGAGCAUCGGUGGCAAUUGCCGUAUCCGCAGCAGCCAACAAUGCAGCGGCCACCGCUGCUAAUCUCUCGGAGAACAUCAAGAAGGCCCACGAGAAGCAGCAGGAGGAGCUGCAGAAGAAGCUGAUGGACGAGGGCGAUGUGCAGACGCUGCAGCAGCAGGAGAACAUGUCCAUCAAGGGCCAGAGCGCCCGCCAGCUGGUCAUGCAGCGGCUGAUGAGGCCAACGGACUCGCGAGUCAUAAUCCUGCGCAACAUGGUGGGGCCCGAGGAUGUGGACGAGACGCUGCAGGAGGAGAUCCAGGAGGAGUGCAGCAAAUUCGGCACCGUCAGCCGCGUCAUCAUCUUCAACGAGAAACAGACGGAGAACGAGGACGACGACGAGGCCGAGAUCAUUGUGAAAAUCUUCGUCGAAUUCUCUUUGGGAGCCGAGGCGCAACGAGGCAAGGAGGCCCUGCACGGACGAUUCUUUGGCGGCCGGCGGGUUGUCGCCGAGCUGUACGAUCAGGGCGUUUUCGACCAGGGCGAUUUGUCUGGCUGAAAUUGAGAGGACGAUUCGAUUCUAACUUAGGUUUUAGCAUUCUUCUGACCUUAAUUCUGUCAUUUUUUACUUAGAACUUAAAUGCAAGUUUAUUUAUUACGUGAGCCCCGGCACGAAAGUUGUUAAUUGGUCGCCGUUGUCCUAUGGCCAGGACACAGAUAACAAAUGAUUAUAUGAUGAGAUGUUUCUGCAACGCAGUGAUUUAGAUUUAAAGAGAAUGAAUAGUAGUCCAGUCCCCCCCGAGAGAAAGCAAAAGUUGUUUUUGUAUUAUCGAGGCGCAUGCUUGCCCCCACCCCCACACACACACUCAGAAUGAAACGGAAAACUAACAAAGUUUUGCAUGUACAUUUGAUUAUUUCAGCGCUUAACUUACAAUAAAAUAAAGUCUAGUUACCCAUUAAA